UCAUACUUUCAUCCCUUUCUUUUCCUCGUUCUUCUCCAGUACCAUCUGGCCAGUCACCUCUUCUUUUUUUUUUUAAAAAAAAAAUUAAACCAGCACCUACUCUCCUCUGCAACCGAAGAUUUCUUUUCCAGCGCGUUUUGGCUUUGCAAAGCGGCAUCAAUAUUGGAUUUGGAGCGGAAUUGUGGCUGCGAGGAGUUAGCAGCAGCCAUGGCGCAGAAUGUGUGGGAGGCAGACAAGAUGUUAGAUUCCUACAUUUAUGAUUACCUGUUGAAGAGGAACAUGCAGAACACGGCGAAGGCAUUCCAAGCCGAAAGCAACGUGCCUUCAGAUCCUGUAGCGAUCGAUGCCCCAGGUGGCUUUCUCUUCGAGUGGUGGUCAGUUUUCUGGGACAUCUUCAUUGCAAGGACGAAUGAGAAGCAUUCUGAUUCUGCUGCUGCUUACCUUGAGUCGAUUAAAGCACGGGAGCAGCAACAACAAUCCCAGCAGCAGGUUGAGGUGCAGCAACUCUUGCUCCAGAGGCAUGUGCAACAGCAGCAACAACAUUCACAAGAGCAGCAGCAACAGCAGCACCCGCAGCUGCAACAGCGCCAGCAGAAGCAACAGCAGCGUAAUGAAAACACUGAUUUUAGCACAAGUGCCCAGAAUGGUACGGUUGCUGCUGAUCCACCAGCACGACAAAAUGCUGCAGCGGCAAGUGGUUUAUCUGCAAAGCUAUAUGAGGAUAGAACAAAAAUUACUGCUCAGAGGGACGUUUCAGAUGAGGCUUCAAUGAAGCAAAGGCUCGCAGAAAGAACUGGUCCAUUGCUGGAAGCAAACCCAACUUCAAUGCUCAAGUCACCUGCAAGAUCAGCUCUAGCUUCAGGGCAAAUCUUCCAUAGAUCGACUGGUGGUCUGUCCGGUUCAUUGCAGCAAGCUCAAGCCAGGAGUCAACCGCUUCUGGGAUCAACACAGGAUAUGAAGGCAGAAACAAAUGUAGCUUUAAAUCUGAGAGCAGGUGCAGAUGGGUCACUAUUCGGAGUACCAGGCUCUAAUCAGGCGGGGAACAAUUUGACCUUGAAAGGGUGGCCUCUCACAGGUUUAGAACAGCUUCGAUCUGGGUUUCUCCAGCACAAAUCUUAUAUGCACUCCCCCCAACCAUUACAACACCAGCUCCAGUUUCUCACUCCUCAGCAGCAGCAAGUUCUACUUCAAGCACAACAAAAUAUGACUGCUUCACCUGUAGAGAUGGAGAAUAGACGACUUCGGAUGCUUUUUAGCAGCCGAAACUUGGUUCCUGGGAGAGAUGGCCAAUCAAAUGCAUUCACUGAAAUUAUUCCCAGUGUUGGUCAGUCAUUGCAGAACCUGUGCUUACCUAUGCAGCGCACAGAGACAGAUAUGCUGAUGAAGAAGAUAGCAGCUCUGCAGCAGCAACAACAAAGUAGCAGUCAGCAACAGCUCCUCCAACAUCCAUUGCUGAAUCAGCAACAACAAAGCUCAAAUUAUCAUGCAGGCGAGCUGGAAAAAAUGGGUGCUGGAAUUGUAACCGUGGCUUUCCAUGGACAUGACCAGGUUUCUAAGAAUCAAAAAGGGCGAAAGCGCAAACAGCCUAUCUCAUCGUCUGGUCCGGCUAAUAGCUCUGGUACUAUGAAUACUGCUGGUGCUUCCCCCAGUUCAACGCCCUCAACUCCUUCCGCACAUUCUCCAGGAGAUACCAUAUCAACCCCACCGCUGCUUCACAAUGCUAGCUUAUCUAAGGCUUUAAUUGUUUAUGGUUCCGAGCCCCUGGUGCCAACAGCAUCACCAGCUAACUCACUUGUUGAUAUGGAUCACUAUGUGGAGGAUGACUCCAUGGAAGACAAUAAUGUAGAACCGAUCUUAUCACAUGAUGACAUGGAUCUAAGAUCUGCUGGCAGCCACUGUAUCAAUUCUGCAAAAGGAUAUAUCCUCCGAGAGAUGUCUUCAGCUCAAGCAAGCACAAGCAGUGUUCUAUGUUGCCACUUCUCAUCAGAUGGAAAACUACUCGCUACUGGAGGUCAAGAUAAGAAGGUAUUCCUGUGGAAUGCUGAAACUUUGAAGCAAAAAUCAAUAUUGGAGGAGCAUUCUCUGCUAAUAACUGAUGUGCGCUUCAGCCCGAGCACUCCACACCUUGCCACCUCUUCAUUUGAUAAAACCGUGAGGGUCUGGGAUGCCGAUAAUCAGGAUUAUUCAAUUCGUACAUUCACUGGGCACUCGGCAUCUGUUAUGUCGCUUGAUUUCCACCCAAACAAGGAUGACCUCAUUUGUUCUUGUGAUGGGGACAAUGAGAUAAGAUUCUGGAAUAUCAAGCAUGGAAACAACGUCCGAAUUUUCAAGGGAGGUUCGACCCAGCUGAGAUUCCAACCACGUUAUGGAGGAUAUCUUGCAACAGCUUCAGAUAAUAUGGUCUCUAUUCUGGAUGUGGAGACACAAGCUUGUGUGAGGAGAUUUGAGAGCCACACUAACCACGUUGAUUCCUUGUGCUGGGAUCCCACUGGAGGAUAUAUCGUGUCUGUCAGUGAAGACAUGGUGAAGAUGUGGUCAUUGAACGAGGAGAGCUGUGUGAAUGAGCUUAACUGCAGCGGGAGAAAGUUCAGUUCAUGUGCUUUCCACCCUACAUAUCCAUCCUUGCUUGUCAUUGGCUGUUACCAGUCUCUGGAGCUGUGGGACAUGGCCGAGAACCGGAGCAUGACCAUUGCAGCGCACGACAGCCUCAUCUCAGCCGUGGCCUCAUCGAGCUCCGGCCUGGUGGCUUCCACAGGCCAUGACAAGUAUGUCAAGCUGUGGAGAUUAGGUCACCUUCGUCAUGCCGCGCCAUAGAUGUUAACUAUUGAUGGCCGCCCCUUUUGUCACACCAUUAGCUGCCUGCUGCUCAGCUGUGCUGCUGAUAUGUUGCAGUUGGAGACUACUGAACUGCGUGGCUGAACAUAUGGCCGUGGAAGUAGCAUGCAGUAAACCCUGAAGAAGUGGUUUAGCACUAGCUUUUGUAUAGAAAACUAGAACCUGAGCCGGAGGUAUAUCGAGUAAUCUAGUAUUGGUGCCUGUCAACUAUCUUGUUGAUACUUGCACUCUGAUUUCUGAAAUGGCCAGGUUCUGAAUUCCCAGUGC